ACAAGAUAAGAGGUCUCGGUAUAACCCUGACGAUUUAAUAGACGCUACUACAUCGACGCUUUGAACUAAGGUCCGAAAAAUCAUGCUCGCCGCUCCCAAUCCGCGGUUCCUCGCUGGCCUCUGUCUAGUGGCACUGGCGAGCCGGAUCGCUGCUGAGGAUUCAGAGCAGCGGGGCCCGCAGAAGCCCAUUACGCUCCGCCAGUCUGGGGGCUUCACGAUAGGCGGCAAGAUCAUCCAUAACCCUUCGAACCCCAAUAUGACACUCUCUUGCGACCACGGCUACGUAGAGUACUUCACCCCGUGGACGCCGCGCAAGACGAGCAUCGUCAUGUGGCACAGCUCCAGCACCCAGACCUUCCAGAACCGCUGGGACGGCGGGGAGGGCUUCAAGGACAUGUUCCUGCGCCGUGACUACCCCGUCUACCUCUGGGAAGGGCCUCGCGUCGGCCGGGCCAACUGGGCCUGCAGCCCGACCUCGUACGCGCCAGACUACCGAGACCAAGGCAACUUUGUCGCCUGGAACUUUGGUCCCGUCUUCAAGGAGUGGUGGCCGGAUGUGCAGUUCCCGACGGCGAGCGAGUACGCCUGGCAGCAGGCCACGAACUCCCGGUACGUCGAGUACGACUCGGAGGCGAGCCUGAAUCUCGAGACGGACGCCGCCGCCAUCGCCGCCGAUUCGGGCAAGCUCGGCGAGGACAUCGUCUACCUCACCAACUCGGCGAGCGGCUGCGCGCCCAGAUGACGGCGGUCAAGAGCAACACGACCCAUAUCAAGGGCAUCGUCUGCUACGAGGGCUACGGCUACGUCUUCCCGGACGACGCGGGCAUCGAGCGUGGUGCUGGGCCAACCCUUUUGGCCCGAUCCUGGUCCCCUUGGAAGACUUCAAGAAGCUGGCUAAGAUACCUGCCAUCCAGUUCCUGUGGGGAGACCACAGGGACGAGGGCUUCACAUUUCUCAACCAGUCGAGGCAGGCGGCAGCCUUAAUCAACAAGUAUGGUGGCAACGCCCAAGUCAUCAAACUGGGCGAGGACAAGGGCAUUAAGGGGACCACCCACAUUGCGUUUGCAGAUUUGCACAACGAGAAGGUGGCUGGGCUCUUGGACGAGUUUCUCAGCGAGAACCGGCUAUCUGGUUAUCCGGCUCGUGGCUAGGAUAUUAUGUCUAUAUACAGUAUUGAGC